AUGGCGACGACUAAAGAGAGUGCGGCUGCGGCCGACUCAAAUGCGUUUGACAUCGUUGCGACAUACAAUGAGCUGCUUCGCUCUGAUCCCGACCUCACGAUGCCCAUUGCUGCUAUCGAGGCGCUGGUACACGUCCUCACCCACUGCCCUUCUUCGACAAUUUCCGAAACUCUUGACCUCUUAGAAAAGUCAACCGCUCAUCUGAAACGAUCCAUUCCCAACCCCAUCGGUCUUUCGGCCGGCACCGAUCUUUUCCAGCGCUAUCUCAUCACUACAUUACAACGACCCGGUCAGCUAGGACCGGCGGGUGACUUCAAGGCCAUUCGUACACACUUGCUAUCCAACGGCCGUCUGUUCAUUCGUCGCGCCAAAGAGAGCCGGCAGAAGAUUGCUGCGUUUGGCCGGGGCUUCAUUCGGGAUGGCUGCACAGUUCUCACUAAUGGAGGCUCCCGAGCCGUAGCUUCUUUACUGCAAAAGGCUGCCGACGAGGAGGGUGGCCCAUCUGCGGUUCGAUUCCGAGUCAUAUACGUCCUGUCUUCAAUAAGCCAGAACAUCGAGGAGCCCUCUGGAGAGCCGGAAGGAAUGGAGACGGUUCGCGCGUUGCGAGCCAAGGGUGUCCCAGUCGCGACGAUCCCCGAGUCGGCGGUGGCGUAUGCGCUCGGAAAAACGGACAUGGUCAUUGUCGGUGCGGAAGGUGUGGUGGAAAAUGGUGGCAUUGUGUCCCGGAUGGGCACUUAUCAGAUUGGUCUGCUCGCAAAGGCCAUCGGCAAGCCGUUCUAUGUGGUGGCCGAAAGUCACAAGUUUGUUCGUCUCUUCCCCCUGGGCCAGUACGAUCUGCCCAUUGAGCAACAUGUGGUGGACUUUAAGUCUGCGGAUGAUAUCGCCGAGGAGAAGAAGCGACAACAACAAACGCCCAAUGUUGGACAUUCCGACAAGCCUGUUGAGCUGCCACUGUGCGACUCGGUCGACUUCACGCCACCCCACCUUAUCUCCGCACUGAUUACCGACAGCGGUGUCUUGACGCCGAGUGCUGUUAGUGAAGAACUCAUCAAAAUCUGGUUCUGA